AUGCUUUAUGAUUAUCGUAAAGAAUUUAUUGUAAUCAGACAUUCUGACGGUGAAGGAAAACAUAUAUGCAACCUGCACACUGAGAACAAAGUACAAAAAUCAACAACCAGAACAGCGUCAGUAUCAUCGACGACAGCAGCAUCGGUCUCUCGGCGUCCAUUCCGCGUGGCCAGCCGGCGACGACCUGCUGUCACUACCAGGCUCACCACAACUACCACUACCACCACACAGGCUACUACCACCACCAACAUCCUGGACAGCGAUGAAUAUCUACAAGAUAUAGAAGAAGCCGAUUCCAUUGAAGAUCCAACUAUAACCACGCGCUCUGGACCGAAAAAGAAUCCGAAAACACAAAGGCGUCCCCUAGUUAAUCUGAAAGAAGAUGAUCAGAAUCCGUCCGCUACAAAUGAGGAAGAGAAGAAGAGACAGAGCAAGAAAUACAGCUCUACAUUCAAACAAAACCAAUUGGAUGAAGCCUUAAAACUGAAAAAUCAGGACGCCUUCGAUGAGGAUGUAGAUGCAACUACUGAAGGGAAAUUCACAGAAAGCUUUAGUGCUGAAACGGCUGUAGCUCUUGCAGCUCACAAGCUCUUGGAAGCUCCUGUACCAAUAAUACCUGACUAUGAAUAUGAUAUCAAACCUACUAGAAGUGCACCAACAAGAAAUACCCAGAAGUUCAAAUAUACAACAACAGAAUACACACCAGAAAUCACAAAAACGCCCUCCUACCCCUUAUCGUACUCUACUACUCCAAAUUACAGCACUGAAACUCAAGACUACGUCCAAACUUCCACAGGUUUAUAUUCCGGUGAUCUUCUGGACACCGUCUUACCCUCGACAGGCGGAUACAGAGGAUCUAAGCCAACUGGAUUUACAGCUCCUACUAUAAUUAACCCUGGUCUAUCGGGUGUUUCACGCAACUUAGGUCCAUCGACCGUCAGGUACUUGAGUACAACCGAAGAAAACAUACCAACACAAGAAAUUAAUCCAACUGCAGGUAGAUAUACAGAUACCAGUGAAAAGUAUUCAAAAUCUUCAUCACGUCUACCAGACUUAAAUGUUUACAAUUACUCAUCGAUUUCAUAUAACUUUGCUCCACGCGACAAAUAUAUUAACACAGAAGAGUCCUUACAAACAGUUACUCCAACGGGUAGAUCUCGUGGUAGAAGACCUUCUACUACUAUUAGUGGAUUAGAGCAAUAUACCGUUACCUCACAAACUCUUCCGCCCACAAAUGAUUUCGGUAUAAGCAAGAAAUACUCCGAAAGUUCAAGACCCACAACUUCAGCAAAUAAAUACUUGGAUGAAAGAUACACUGGUAUAUCGGAAGAUCCAUUUGAAACAAGUAAAUAUUUAGAUACAAGCGACAAGUAUACUGAUUCAUAUUCAACACCAGGACCGUCAACUAUCGAUUAUUUAGAUUCAAACAGGUAUACAGGUACAUCCCAGAACUUGAACCCUAGAUUUACAGUAGGAGAAAAGUACACAAACCCGUCGACACCAACGUACUUAACAGAAGACAUUACAAGAGUAUCUCAGGACCCGACACCUACUCGUGGUUACACAGAAACAACCGUCUACUCAGAAGUUCCAGCUAAUACAAGAAUACCAAGCAGAUUUACGAACAGAGGCGGAAGUUAUACGACAGUACAAAAUCUGAAUCCCACCACCACUUAUUCAGAUACAACUGACAGAUAUUCGUCUAUUUCACGUAGAAGAAAACCAUCAACAACAACUGUAAGCGAUAAUGAUAAGUAUACAACUGUUACAUUACAAACUACGAAUCCAACAACAUCGAAUGAAAGAUAUACAGAGGCUUCGCGAAGGAGACGGCCAUCUACAAAUUCUUACACUGAGACAGACAAAUACACAACCGGAACUGUACAAAAUGUGAAUCCAACUGAAGUCGUUAUUAGCACAACAGAAAAACCAGUACAGUCUCGAAGAAGAAGACCAACCACAAACAGCUACACAAAUAGUGAACAGUAUACAACAGAAACUACUACCGCGUUUAGAUUUACAGGCACGAGCGAAAGAUACACUAGUGUACCUCGCAGAACAAGGCCCUCAACUUCCAGGUACUUCGAUACUGUCACAGAGGAAGCUUCUUCAGAAUUCCAAACCGCAGGACCGACUACCGGAUUUACUGGAAUUAAUGAUAGAUUGACAGAAGCAUCACCUAGACUAAGACCAACUACCGAUAGUUACAUAGACACAUCUGAUAAGUCUACAGACACGCCUCAGAUUGAAACAUAUACAGUAAAUAAUAAGAAAUAUUCUGAUAUUUCACGCAACAGAAGUCCAUCUACUAGCUCGUACUUAGAAUCAACAGAAAAAAGUCCAUUGAGCAGUAGCACGGAAUUGUCAGAAGACGAGGUGUCCACAGGUCGUUAUUUAAAUCCCAAUGGUCAGUACACUGGUUUCAUUCAAGACGUAAAUCCUUCUACUGUAAAAUACGUUAGCACAGAAGAGAAAUCACAGGAUGUAAGUCCAUCGUCUGUCCAAUAUCCAAGUACUACUGGAAAGUACGUGUCGGGACCGGUAGAUGAUUUCGGAUUCUCUACUGCUGGGUAUAGCCAGAGUCAAGACCCUUCGUACUUCACUAGAGAAUAUCUUCUAGCGUCUCCAGUUACUAAGACAUAUGACGAUGAAUACCAAUACUUAUCACCGGUAACAACUACGCAGCCAACAACCACAACUAGAAAAUUAGGCAGAAAGAAAACUAUAUUCCGAAGAAUUUCAUCGACAGCUCGACCGAGUUCCACUACCACGACAACAACAACAACAGAAAGGCCUCGAAGAGUCGUGUCGAGAAAACCUUUUGAGAAAAUACGCAAAGUGCAGAAGGUAAAAGUCCUAAAGGUGCCAAAGAAAGAACAAGAAAAACAAUUGGUAGAAGAAGAAAAACCAGUGAAUGAAGUACAGAUCACCCAGAGGCAGCAAGUGCAGAGGGUGCCCGUGAAGAAUGUGGAAUCACCGAAACCAAACAGAAUUAGAAAACCUAUAACUUUCGACUAUUACGAUGACAGUGAAGAGAAAGUAGCACAGAAAUACGAAGAGGGAACUAAAGUUAUUCUCCAUAGUAAAGGUACAAUCGAGUGCUUAGAUAUUGGCAACUUCCCGCAUCCAUCGUCGUGCAAGAAGUUUAUAUCUUGCGCUCGUAUGGAGAGCGGAGCAUUACUGGGCUGGGAAUAUGUCUGUCCUAAAGGCCUAUCAUUCGACCCCGUCGGCGGAAUUUGCAACUGGUCAGCAGGUCUCGGCUGCAACGAGCAAGACUCAUAGACUAAAAAUGAUUUUUCCUUCCUUGGGGUUGCCAAAUUAUAAAAUUUGAGUCAAAAACCCCAGUUUAAAUUAUUUAAUAAUUUCUG